GAAGAAUCAAGUAAUGGUGAAAAUGGCCUACACAAAUCAAGUAACAGGGAACAUCAUCAUUCACAGAAAAGCUCUUAUUGCAAUGUUCGUUAUGAAGAACAUUCCAGCCUUUUGGCAGACUGUCUUCUCACUGCUAUCAAGGUUCUAAUGAAUUUAACAAAUGACAAUCCUAUUGGCUGUCAACAAAUUGCUGCUUGUGGAGGACUGAGGACUAUGUCUUCAUUGAUUGCAUCGAAAAUCAGAAUGAUAUUCAUCUUACUGAUCAAGAGUUGGAUUUGCUUGUUGCUAUAUUGGGCCUACUUGUGAACUUGGUAGAAAAGGAUGGGGAAUAACAGAUCAAGGCUUGCUGCAACCAAGGUGAGAAAAAGUUAGAGUGAUGUUUAUUUCGCUGUCUAGCUCAGAAGGGUCAGAAGAUGAGAGUCGCAAGGAUGUAAUUCCACUACUGUGCUCCAUCUUUCUAGCCAACCAAGGUGCAGGUGAUGCAGCUGGUGAAGGAAACAUCGUGUCUUGGAAUGACGAGGCAGCUGUAUUACAAGGAGAGAAGGAAGCAGAGAAGAUGAUUGUUGAGCUUAUUCAGCACUGCUACUUGGAUUCCUAUCAACUGAAAGCAAGAGCAUACAUGAUUCCAUUGCUAUCCUUGUUCCUGUGUUGGAGAGAUUUGUGGUAUGUUUUGUUCUCUUCUUUUUUGGCCUACGGUACAUCAAGGCAUGAGAUUAGUUGCAACUUUGAAAUCCAUGUCCUCUCUGCAUCAACAUUCUUUGUUUCUUCUUUUUGAAAAGAAGCAUUGCAUUAUAUAAAAAAUGGAUCAUUGAACACGAUAUCACCAGAGACUCAUAAAGCUGUGAGCGAAGUGAUCGAAUUAUGUAGAAUCCGAUGAAAUACUUUCUUUUCUGGUUACUCAUGUAGAUGUGAGCAAUGUGAUUGAAUCAUGUAGAGCAUGAUGAAAAGUUCCAGAAAUGCCAAGCUUUGUACAGCCUUUUUUUCUUUCA